AUGGCAAGUGGGAUGAUUCCUUUUCAAGUCCCCCAACUCAACAAGGAUAACUACGACAAUUGGAGCAUAAGGACGAAAGCAUUACUCGGAUCGCAAGAUGCAUGGGAGAUCGUAGAGAAAGGCUACACGGAGCCACAAGACGAGGUUGCUCUAUCCCAAGCACAAAGAGAUAGUUUGAAGGAUGCAAGGAAGAAGGACAAGAAGACGCUCACCCUCAUCUAUCAAGCCUUAGAUGAAGGCAUAUUCGAGAAAGUAGUUUGUGCUACUACGAGUAAGGAAACAUGGGAGAUCUUGCAAAACUCCCACAAAGGAGUUGAGAAGGUGAAAAAUGUUCGACUUCAAACACUUCGAGGUAAGUUUGAAGCUUUACAUAUGAAAGAAUCAGAUUCAAUUUCUAAUUAUUUCUCUAGAGUAUUAGCUAUUUUGAAUCAAUUAAAAAGGAAUGGAGAAAAGUUGAACGACACUAGAGUAAUUGAGAAGAUACUUAGGUCUUUAGAUUCUAAAUUUGACUACAUAGUUGUAGCCAUUGAGGAAUCUAAAGAUCUAGAUAGUACGAGUGUCGAUCAACUCAUUGGAUCUUUGCAAGUCCAUGAGGAAAGACUAAGGAAGAAGGUGAAUGAAGAGUCAUUGGAGCAAGCUCUUCAAACAAAGCUCAUUUUGAACGAGGGUGAAGAAAGGUUCAACAGUAGAAAAAGCCAAAGAGGAAGAGGACCAGGCCAAGAUCGAGGAAGAAUUGCAUUCUACAAGGAGGAAAGAAGAUAA